GGAGGAGGGAGAUAUUUUCCAUAAAGCCCUUUUCUCUCUUUCCAUCUGCCCUUGAGCAUCCCGGGUAAACCCGAAGCUCGUAAAGUGGGAAGAGGAGGAGGAGGUGAAGGGAUGAAGAAGGGCGGGCGCAACCAUCGUCCUCAAACUCAAUAUUUUAUACUUUUUCAUACUCCUUGACGCUGGAUUUUUCCGCUUCUCUUUUUAUCGGCCGUUUCCAAAUCUAGGACACAGAUCUGUCGUGCGCAAAGCGACGCGAGAGACAAAAAGUAUCCGGAAAAAAAAAAGCAACUACGAACAGCCGAGCAGCGGGAGAGGACCGCGGCGGAACAACUGGACCUCCGGGACCGGGGCUUUUGCUUUCAUUCUGGACGUGUCCUACGAGGAACACCUGACACAGAUGCGCGAAACAAGAUGUUCAGCAGAACCUGGGCAGGUGCAGAACAACAAAUGGAUCUACCUGAAGACACCACAGCGUCUUCUCCACGCGGCCCAGCUGUCCACGCCUUCUCGCCGCUGGAGCCGGCUCUUUGAGACGUGGAACUGAGUCUCCUGUUACACUAUGGUGAAAGCGCAUGCUGUGGUAUCUCAAAAUAUCCACCUCUCCAUCCAUCGCCCAUCCUCGCCAGGAAGUCAGCUGUCAGAAAGUGACCCUCUCUCGGCUCUCUGGGGGCCGUCAAUAAUUCUGAAAAGACCCUGAGUGGCGUGUUUUUUCCUGUCCCUUCAGUCAGCUCAGUUUACGGCUGUACAGUGCCGCAGCAUGGUGGUUGGGACGUCCACCUUCUCUGUAUGAUCACCACUCCAUGCACUUCAUCUCUCUACUGAGCGCCGUUGCCCCCCUACCCUUCGCCGGACCCCAAUUUGAACAUCCCCCCAGCCUGCCAUGCUCCUUCAGGCCGUGUCGCUGCUGCUGCUGCACCUCUUGGCCUCCACUCUGGCCCAAUACGAACUGUGCAAGUCGCUGGUGAGCACGGACGAAGGCUCGGUGUGGGAGCACUACGCAUGCCAGCCCAAACCAGCGUCCAUGAAAGACUACAUGCGCAUCAAGGUGGAUCCACCGGGUAUCACAUGUGGAAACCCUCCAGAAAGGUUCUGCACACUGGAGAACCCAUACUUGUGCAGCGACGAGUGCGACGCCUCUAACCCUGACCUAGCCCACCCCCCUCAGCUGAUGCAGGACAAAGAACGCAAUGGCCUCAUCACUUAUUGGCAAACGGUCACGUGGCGACGCCACCCGGAGCCCCUGCUGGCCAACAUCUCCAUGUCCUGGAACAAGAGCCUGGAGCUGACAGAUGACAUCCUGAUCACAUUUGAGUACGGCCGUCCCACCAUCAUGGUGUUGGAUAAGUCCAUGGACCACGGGCGAUCCUGGCAGCCGUUCCAGUACUAUGCUGACGACUGCCUGGACGCCUUUAACUUGCCCCCUAAACGUGUGCGUGAUCUUUCUCCCGCCAACAUCACCCGGGUCAUCUGCACUGAGCAGUACUCACGCUGGGUGGGCUCCAAGAACGACAAGAAUGUCAAGUUUGAGGUUCGGGCGCGGUUUGCCGUGUUCGCCGGCCCGCGGUUACAGAACAUGGACAGCCUCUACACUCGCAUGGAAAGUAUGAAGGGACUGAGGGACUUCUUCACCUUCACCAACCUGAGAUUGAGGCUUCUCCGGCCGGCCCUCGGAGGCACCUACGUACAGAGAGACAACCUGCUCAAGUAUUUCUACGCCAUCUCCAACAUCGAGGUACCUGCCAGGUGCAAGUGUAACCUCCAUGCCUCCCAGUGCCUGCUACUGGAUGGGAACCUCCAGUGCCAGUGUGAACACAACACCACGGGCCAGGACUGCCAGCGCUGCAGGAAGGGCUUCAAAGCCAAAUCAUGGAAGGCGGGCUCCUAUCUACCCACACCCAACGGGACACCUAACACCUGCUCCAUUGCUGGAUCCCCCUCCGGUUCUACUCCGACGGCAAAAACUGUGGCAGCAGCAAACUCAAUCUCGCGAAAAGACAACGUGCUACCCACCAGCCCUUUGUCUGAACAUCCGCACGCACCCAUGGGAGAAUCUGACACACUUCUAGAAACACCAGACGCACGCCCCCCUUCCGUAUCGCCUCUGUCAGAGAACAGAAUUAUACUUGAGGAGUUGAAGAGGAUCACACCGUCGAUCCCUCAUCACCCACAUCUGCCUGACUCGGUGCCACAGGAGUCGUCCAAUCAUUUACGGCGUGAUCAUCACCAUCCUCAUUCCAACAUGGAUCCAUCCUUCCAUCUUAAUAGCUCCAGUCUUUUGGUCAUUCUGUCAGAGCUGGAGCAUCAUAAGAAAGAAGUUCACCAGAAGUCUGGCGGACGUGACGCUCAUGGAUAUGGAGAUGUGUUAACAUUGGAGCAUCACAAGGAAGAAACGAAAGUUUCUCAUAAGUCAGAGGGGCAGUUUCAUGACCCCACACGAGGAUCGUCGAAUCACGGUGAGGACCAUUAUCAAGCCAAAGUGUCAGUACCCCACGAGUCUGAAAGGCAUCACCUUAUAACGCCAUCUGAACACGGAGGAAAGAACUCUGGAUCAGAUGUGAAGGCUUUCAGUCCUGUACACGGACAUAACACUGCAGCAGAGCACGUGGAGGAAGCACAAAAUGAAAAGAAAGACCACCACAGAGGUAUCUUCGAUGGGCAUGUAAAACUAAAAUUGGAGUCGUGUGUGCUGCCGCUUUGUUACCCAGAAGCUACUUUUCAGUUCUGCUCCACGACUCAGAGGACCACAUUCACACCACACGCGGACAGAGAACGUCGUCAGAACAUGUGGAGGAAAGUAGAGUCCAUGAGAGAGAUCACAUUGAUGAGGCUCACGGACACGGAUCAUCAGAGCAUCAGGAGGAAAAUCACAGCGCAGCCCCACGAACAAAAGAGUCACGCACCAUCAUUCGAGCUGGAGCGUGGAGUUUCGCACGUGCCCCACUUGUACGAGACCCAUGAACACGCCCCGCCUGAACGUGCGGCAGGCGCUUCAAAGACAGAUUCCCACCAACAUGAGGUUCAUGGACACUCAUCCAUGCACGGGGAGGAACACCUGAGAGAAGCUAACCACAGGUCUGAGAGCCACAGACUUGAGACUCAUGAGCGUGACAGGUCCUCGUCUCACCGUGUGGAACAUCAGACAGUUUCCAAAAGUCCUGAAGGCCGAGAGUCUCACCAACACCACACACUUUCCAAAGAGCAUGCAGUUUCCAGCAAUGGUGGUGGACACAUUGCACACGGGAAGGAUGACCGUUUCAAUCAUCACCACACAGACAUGUCAGCCCCUCAUCAUGAGCCUCGCAGUCACUCGAGCGAUCACAACACAGACAACAGCAAGUCUGCGGGUCAUGCGCACCACGGACACCACGAGGAGGAGAGUCAUGAAGAAGAUCACCGCACAGUUUCUCAUGAGUCUGAUGGUCACUUGCGUGGAGUACAUCGACACACGUCAUCUGAGGGAGCGCUCAGCAGUGUCUCACAUGAUGCUUUCAGGGGUCAUGGACACACAUCAUCUGACUAUCAGGGUGAAGGGCAUAGACAUCAGGAUGAUCAUGACAGUAGCAAACACGCUCAUUCACAUGAGAGUCAUGGACACGCACCCCCUGGGACUGAGGUGGAACACGUGAUGGUUUCCCACUUGGGACAUGGCCAAGGGAGUCAUGGCCAUCAAGUGCAGGAUGUGGAAGAAGACAAGAUGGGUUACAGCCAUCAUGGAGUUGGGAUGCCUGAGACUGACACAACAGGUGAGGCCAAUGAGGCCCAUGGGCACACACAUUCUGAGCCCAAAAAUAUGAAACAAAAUCAUCACACAACCUCACAUAGUGGUUCCCACAUUUCUGCUGGACAUAUUCACGGGACUCAUGGAGACACAUCUGAGGUGGAGGACAUGACAGUUUUCCACACAGGCCACAGCAUACAUGGACAUUCGUCACCUGGGCAUGAGGCUGGAAGCCAUUUAGAUUCCCACAAUCAUGGGACCCCUGGUCACACGUCAUCGGAGCAUGACCAUGGUGAACAAGAAGUUUCCCACGAGGGCCACAGCCAUGAGACUCUUGGGACAUCGGGCCAUGGGGUGGAGGGCACAACAGAGCAGCACGGGUCCAUGAACCAUGAACAUCAUGGGCAUGGAACAUCACACAAAGUCCAUCUAGAGGAGAACCAUGGCGAAGCUUCCCAUGGUCCUCACCACAGAGUAGCUGGGGAGCACGGGCACUGGGUUUCUCAUCACUCACACGGUCAUGAAGAUGAAAGCUUGGAUGGGAAUCAACAUCAUGGUGCUGAAGUGCACCGUGUCAUUGAAAACCCAGAGAGGGAAGGAGGGAGUCAUGACUUGCUGGAGCCUCAUGGGAAAGAGGAUGACGACGGCAAACACAGGAGAAGAGGGCUUCUGAAACUCCUGACCUCAGGAGAGCCUCAGGGCAGACAGUUGUUUGGAAUCAUAUACGACGAUUUCAAAGACUGUGAGUGCUACGGUCACUCGAACCGCUGCAGCUACAUCGACUACCUGAACAUCGUCACGUGCGUCAGCUGCAAGCACAACACCAGAGGCCAGAACUGUCAGCACUGCAGACUGGGAUACUUCCGCAACGCCUCCGCUGAACUGGAUGACGAGAACGUCUGUGUCGAGUGCAACUGUAACCAGAUGGGUUCUGUCCACGACCGGUGCAACGGAACCGGCUUCUGUCAGUGUAAAGACGGCGCCACGGGGUCCAAGUGUGACGACUGUCUACCAGGCUUCUACUGGAAACAAGGCUGUUACCCCAACGUUUGCGACGAAGAGAUGCUCCUGUGCCAGAACGGAGGGACGUGCUACCAGAACCAGAAAUGCAUCUGUCCUCCAGAGUUUAAGGGAGUACUGUGCCAACACUCCCGCUGUGAAGCGGGCAAGGACUGCAACGCCGCCUCCACGCCGCACCUCUCCACAGCCACCCUGCUGCUUUGCACUCUGCUAGCUCGCCUACUGACUCCCCACUGAGCCACAGAAGCCCCCUCAGACCAUGAAGUGUGUUUAUGUACGUGAGGCGAGGGGCUGACCCUUCGUGGGAAGGGGCCAAAAAGGAAAAAAAAAAAAAAAAAAAAAAGCCAUGGACCCUGGAGAACUCACUGCUGCACUCACAUAAGCACUCACUACACUGACACACCUCACAGGACUGACAAGUCUGUGCUCAGGUAAAGAAGGACAAGAGAGGCGGGGGGGGGCAGUGAGGGUCCGAGGCGCCGGCUGAAGACGGGAAGUCAUACCAACCACUGUUCCCUUUAUUUCUGAGCAGGAGCAAUGUGCAUCCAACCAAAAACGCAUAAAGAACACCCAAUCACUGAGGUUCACUACAAAAAAAAAAAAAGGAAUGGCUGUCGUAUCCACUGGAACGGAACAUUUUAUUUCCUGGUUGAGGAUGACGUCGGAGAGAGGAGAGGCGCUGUGCACGUUCCACCCCGCAGCCGAGGCCUACGCACCAAUAGAAACCAGGUUUCAUAUCCUCUCCCAGAGACUUGAUUUUACAUUCUGCUGCAGUCCUUUUUCAAUCUUUAGUCAUUGUAUCUAACGUGCCCACUAACAAUCGCUGAGAUUAUACAUAUUAUAUCCGGGGGGGAAUAUAAAAGAUUUAGUCACUACUAUGGUUGUAAUAGGAAUGAGUGAUUGUUGCCACACAUAGUGAGAUUUAACUUUCACACAGUAUUCAGGAAAGAAUUUAUCGACAUUUAUCAGAGGUCUAAAAAAAACAAUUAAAAAAAGAACAUGAUAUGAACCACGUAUCAAUAUUAUAUGACAUUAUUUGAAUAUUUUUUGUAGAAAUUAUUUUUGUUUGGAGUUAAAUAAAUGAUACAAAAUGACA